AUGAGCUCCUCAAGAGGCUACGGCCACCUCUCGGCCGAGCAGUGCUCGCUUCGUUCCAGAGGCAAGAAAAGGGUGGCCGUCAUCGGAGUCUCUGCGGUGGUCCUCGUCGCCAUGGUGGUCGGCGUCGCCGUCUCCGUCAGCCACCAUGGAGGGUCAUCAUCUUCCCCCGACUCUGAAAUGGAGGUCUCGCAGACGGUGAAGGCGAUCCAGUCCAUUUGCCAGCCCACAGACUACAAGCAGGUCUGCGUCAACACCCUCACCGCCGCCGCCGGGUCCAACGUCACCGACCCCGCUGACCUCGUGAAGCUCGCCUUCAAAGUUGCCGUCGAUAAGAUCCACGACGUGUUCAACCACUCGGCGCUGCUGAAGGAGGCGGCGGCGGAUCCGAGGACGAAGAAGGCUCUGGACAGCUGCGAGGAGCUGCUGAAGUACUCCAUCGGCGACCUGAAGAACUCCAUCGACCAGCUGGGCUCCAUCGAUCUGUCAAAUAUGAACAAGGCGGUGGAGGACGUCAAAGUGUGGCUAAGCGCCGCCAUAACCUAUCAGGAGACCUGCCUGGAUGGGUUCGAGAACGCCACCGGCGACGCGGGGGCCUCCAUGAGGAAGGCCAUGAACGCCUCCAUGGAACUGACGCAGAACACCCUCGCCAUUGUCAACGAUGUGUCAGCUGUCCUCUCCUCCUUCAAGAUCCCAUAUUUCACCCGGAGGCUGCUCUCGGAGGAAGAAGAAGAGCAGCAGCGGCUGCCGCGGUGGGUGGACGCCGGGAGGAGGCGGCUGCUGGAGCUGGAGGCGGCGGAGUUGACCGCUGACAUCGUGGUGGCCAAGGACGGUAGCGGCAACUUCACCACCAUCGGCGAGGCCCUCGACGCCGUGCCCAAGAAGAGCAAGAACACGACGGUGAUGUACAUCAAGGAAGGGGUAUACGAGGAGAGCGUGCAGGUCAACCGGAGCUUAACAAACCUGAUGAUGGUCGGAGACGGACCCACGAAGACGAAGAUUACCGGCAGCCUCAACUUCGUCGACGGGACCCCCACAUUCAAGACCGCCACCUUCGGUGAGCCCUUGGUUGCUGGAGAUGGAAAGUAGAAAGACUAUAUGAUACCAUGUAUCCUCUCAUUGUGAUCUGAUCAUCGCCGGGUGACGACGCAGCGGUGAUCGGCGACGGGUUCAUCGCCAAGAACAUGGGGUUCGAGAACACGGCGGGGGCGGCGAAGCACCAGGCGGUGGCGCUGAGGGUGCAGUCGGACAUGUCCAUCUUCUACAACUGCCAGAUGGACGGGUACCAGGACACGCUGUACGCGCACACGAAGCGACAGUUCUACAGGGACUGCACCAUCUCCGGCACCAUCGACUUCGUGUUCGGCAACUCGGUGGUGGUGUUCCAGAACUGCCUGCUGUUGGUGAGGAAGCCGCUGGAGAACCAGCAGAACAUCGUAACGGCGCAGGGGAGGAAGGACCGCCGGGAGCCCACGGGGAUCGUGCUGCAUAACUGCACUAUCGCCGCCGACCCCGCCUACUUCCCAUUCCGGAAUCAGCUCAAGUCCUACCUGGGGCGGCCAUGGAAGGAGUACUCGAGGACACUGGUGGUGCAGUCGCAGAUUGACGACCUAAUCGAUCCGCAGGGAUGGCUUCCAUGGCUGGGGGACUUCGGUCUCCGCACCUGCUUCUACUCGGAGUUUGACAACCGGGGCGCCGGCGCCGGGAUGACCCAGCGGGCCACCUGGCGUGGGGUGAAGAAGAUGACCUACGGGCACGCACUCAAGUUCACUGUGGAAUAUUUCAUCCAGGGCAACAGCUGGAUCAAGCCGUCCGGCAUCCCCUACAUCCCAGGCUUGCUUCCGGUCACCUAUUUAUAG